AUGCAAGAAAUCACAAUAUGCCUUUUCUAUGUGAUUCUGAUUUUGAAGAACCCCAAUGUGAGCGCCAUCACCUUGCGAAGUGGGAAAACACUUGGAGAAAGUCAACCUAAAAGAGUUUCAAGAGAAGAUAAAGAUGAAGAGAUCAUUGUGGAACCUCUAAAAGUUGUAGUUCCUCCAAAGGAACCGGUUGUGCCAAAUGUUGAUCAACCCGAUCCUUCCAAAAAACGCAUCAAACCAUACGUCAUACCACCACCUUUUCCAUCCCGAUUGGCUUCCUCAAAGAAACAAGAAGAAGAAGAGAAAGAGUUUCUUGAGACUUUCCGCAAGGUUCAACUCAACAUUUCACUAUUGGAUGCCAUUAAGCAAAUCCCAUGUUACGCCAAAUUUCUUAAGGAUUUGUGCACCAACAAGAGAAAAUUCAAGACAAAUGGGAAGAUUCAAGUCAAUGCAAAUGUAUCCGCGGUCAUCCAAAAGAAGCUUCCACCCAAAUGCAAAGACCCGGGAAUGUUUGCUAUACCUUGUACCAUUGGUGAUUUACAUGUCGAAAGUGUCAUGCUAGAUCUUGGAGCCUCAAUCAAUGUCAUGCCAUACUCGGUUUUUCAAUCUCUCAAUGUUGGACCUUUGGAAGAAACCGGAGUCAUCAUUCAAUUAGCGGACAAGUCAAGUGUAUUUCCAAGAGGCGUGUUGGAGGAUGUACUAGUUCAAGUUAAUCAACUAGUAUUUCCCACGGAUUUCUAUGUCAUUGACCUUGAAGAAAAGACUCCUUCCAAGUCAUCUAUGAUUCUCCUUGGAAGACCCUUCAUGAAUACCGCUCACACGAUUAUUGAUGUCCACAAUGGGAAGAUCACCAUGGAGUUUGAUAGAGAGACCAUUCACUUCAAUAUCUUUGAAGCAAUGAGAUAUCCUAUGAACAUAUCUCCAUUGUAUCGAGUUGAUGUGAUUGAAACAAUUAUUCGAGUUAUCAGAUGGGGAUCUUUUGAAGAUGGUGCUUAA